AUGCUGCCGGCAGAACAUCCAGAUUUUGCGGCCUCCGCGGGCCUUCGCGAUGUCAUCCGUUGGAUUUUCCCUUCAGGUCGGCGCAUGUACGAAGGCUCGAGAAUGACCUUGAAUCUGUUGAGGAGUCGAACCUCCCCAGGAGUGGCCAGGAGCUCUCCUGCAAACCCGAAUGACCUUGAAUCGUCAGCCUCGAUCGACGACAUUCGCCUCAAAACAGAGUUCGAAAAGCACAAAGACAUCCGAGACUACUUGCGCAAAUGGCAGAACAACAACUUGAAUCCCCUGGAUCCGAUCCGGGGCGCUCAAGCGACAAAUGUCCCGGGUCAGUCGUCUCCUUGGAUCGGCAACAUGCAGAGCGAUGCGACGGAAUCCAACGAUUAUGGUAGUGAGGCGCUGCGAGAAGCCGAUGAAGACGUUGGAGAAUUCGACAACCUCGCUGACGAGGGUGAUGGUGCGCACGACUUCCUGGAACCGGGAGAUCUGGUGGCGCUAUCAGCCCCUGACGGUUUGAUGUGUUUCUCCAUCUAUGUGCGAUCGAUGUUCAAGCAACAACAGUUCUACACUAUACGGGGGAAAUGGCGCGUUGCCUACGACAGGGAUAUUGAAUAUGUGAAGAAGGGGUUUGCUCCCAGAGAGUUGGUGGAUCCGCUAUAUCCGCAUUUCCCUGACACCAUUGCACAAUUGAGCCCGCACCUGCAGUCAACUAUUGAGGGUGGCGUGCCGAGGCCAGUCGGGGCGCCUCUCGUGAACAUGAUGAAGACUUUCGAUGAACAGGCGCAGGAAAUCUUCCAGAACCAUUCGAGUCGAUUGUUCAACAUGCAUGACAUUGUGGCGGACGAAAACGAUAAAUUGGAGUUCACUCUCAAGGAACUGGCAUGCAAGGCAUUGAACCUUGAGAAAGACCAGCUAACGCCUGCUGCACUCUGUGCCGUUCACCACGCCACCCGCCGAAAUCAAUUUCUCAUUCAGAGGGACCGCAGCUCGCCGUUCUCCGAUAAUUAUCUGGUACUGCCGAAGCGUGUCGCUCAAAUACUGGAAACGGUGACCAACUGGGUGCGCGACCAUCAGAAACACAUAGUUCAGAGUGGAGGUUUAGCGGGAAUGGGGAUACCACCAGAAAAUCGCUUGCCUCAAUUUAUCCAAAAAGCCCGUCGUCUCAUACAACACAGCCGAAAGAUGCGCUCUCCCACGACAAUGGCGUCGGUUGGUCCAACCGCACAUCGGUUCCAGCCUGGCGAGGGUGGGACAUCGGUGACUGCUCGCACAGUUCAGACAGAGCGCACCGAGGCAUUCAAUGCCAAUGAUCGUAUCAUAAUUGAAUUCCUCAAGUUGUGGGCCAUUUCAUCUGAUCAAAUGACCCUUGGGACUUUGCGAUCUGCUGGGUCGCAUAUUAUGCGAACUACUGGAAUGUAUGAGUCACUAGAUCUAACAGCCGCAACUGUUCCGUUAUUCCUGCAAGAAAUAGGAGCCAUUGCCCCUUGGGAUAACCUACGAUUGCUGGAUCCAAGUAUAGCUCUGCCCGGACAUGGAGUUUCGCCCAGCUCUGAUGCGGCUUGGGCGGAUGUUCAACAAGCUUCCGAGCAAUUCAAGUCUGAUGGCGUCAUGGACACGAUGCAGGAUACCCGAACGGACUGGGGUGACCUGCCAGUGUACUGUGUGGACAGUCUGGAUGCUCAGGAGAUCGACGACGGCAUUUCCCUGGAGCGCAUCCCGGGCUGCGAUGAUACCUUCUGGAUUCGUACCCACAUCGCCAACCCGUCAGCGUUCAUCGACUCGAAACACAGGAUAAUGCAAUACGCUGCAUCUCGUGUCCAGACCCUCUACACCCCCGAACGUACUUAUCCGAUGCUCCCCGAGACACUGACUCAGGAGCACUUCAGCUUGGCCCCUAAUCGUCCCACCCUCACAUUUAGUGCAAAGAUGAACCUCAAGGGCGAGGUUCUGGAAACAGACGUUUCAAACGGCACUGUCAGGAACGUCGUAUAUAUCACGCAUGACAAAUUGCGUAGUUUAUUCGAGCCUGAGACACAAGGCUCUAUGGAGUCACUGGCUGUUGGAGGAAACUUUCAACCCGAACCCUCGCGCAAAGAGAUGCGAGAAAGCUUGUCUUCCGAAGAUGAGAAUACUUUCCACACAUUGAGGAAAUUGAUGCUAGCUUUUCGAGAACAGCGUCGCAAGAAUGGUGCCAUGGAGUGGCCCUCGCCGGUCGACACCUCAGUCUCGAUGACUGUAGGGUUGGAACCAUUGAAACCUCACCUUAUGCCAGUCGAAAACGCGACUUUUGUUCUGGGUGACCCCAUUAUUCGCCUGCGUCAACGCGAGGUGGAUCCCCACGAAGUGCCCGAUAUGUCGAAACGUGACUUGGUCUCUCUCCUAAUGAACCUGGCCUGCUGGGUCUCUGCUAGAUGGUGUGCCGAGCGUAACAUCCCGGUCGUCUAUGACGGGACGUACUAUCAUCCGGAAUAUCCCCAGCUGACCAACCGCAACAUCGCCAAGUUUGGUGGGCAAAGCUGGUUCGAAUUGGCCGCACCCAAAGGAGUCUCCGCGUCAACAGCAGUUCGCCACGUGCCACUAGGACUUGACGCCUAUGUCAAGUCUACUAGCCCGCUUCGACGAUACACCGACUUGUUAGCCCAUUACCAGAUAGAAGCUGCACUGCGGUUUGAGCACGAGAACGGUCGCCGCCUAGAUGCAACGACAGACGAGUCUUUUCUCCCUUUCUCUCGCGAAUACGUGGACAACUACAUCGCCAGUUCCCGCUGGAAGCGUAACCGCCUCAGGAGCGUGGACCGCGCGUCUAAGCAGUUUUGGGGCUGCAUGUUGCUCUUCCGAGCCUUCUACUUCUCGGAGUGCGCGCUACCAGAAACCUUCAAGUGUUUGGUUCACAAGCCUUACAGCAGCAUCGCGCUUGUAGGAACGCAAUCUGGACACGGUUACGCGGGCGUGAUCACAUCACUCGGGAUCCGCUGUCAGAUCCUGGCCCCUGAGGGAUCGCCCGACAUUGACGUUCUCAGCGUGGUGGAAGCCAAGAUUCACCAGGUCGAUCUAUCCCGUCUGGUCGUGGUUAUGGAAGCUACGCGGGUAUUGAAGCCGUUCGAACGGGUGGGUGAAUGGCGUUGA